AUGUUCUUCGAUACAGAGCACAACUCGGUCGACACAGUACUGGGCUCCCUGCGCGGCGCAUUCUCCGAGACUGCGCUCAAGAUGUGGGCUUACCUCCGGAGUUUAUCUGCUUCCACGCGGCUCUCGGUGAAUGUUGUCAUCGGAACAAUCAAAAAGGUCGUGGACAUUGCGUUCCUCAUCUUGACGAGCAAAUGGAGGAAGAUGCGGUUCGAGAAAUACGCCUGCGAGAUUCGCAAGGCGCAGGUCAUGGCGACCGGAUAUUCUGCCUUCUUGGAAGUGCUCGGCCGGAGACAGACGGGAUAUGGCGAGGUUAUUGCCUGGCUGAAGGAGGAGACUGCUCGGCUUGCCACGACAAAAUGA